GGUUUAGCUUCCCAGAUCUCUCUCUUUCUCUCUCCUCUAUUCAAGAUUGUACUUUUUAGGGUUUCAAAAAAAAAAAAACCCCAAAUUUUCUCUUUCAAAUUUACAAGUUUUGUGUCAGUUUUUCAGAAUUUAGAUUCAAAUUGAGUGAUGGAUUCUUCGAUUGCCCCUUUAAGUCCAGAGAACUGAGAGAGAAAUGGAGACGCAGAGAAUAACAGAGUUUCCACAUAAAAACAUGGAUAAGCGUCCUAGGAAACGACAGCGUUUAACAUGGGACAUACCUCCUCCUCCUCCUCCUUUCUUAGCUCCUGCGAAGGUGGUUCCAGGGAUGUUCUGUGGUCAGGAAUUUGGGAAUGGGAAUGGAGUGAUUCCAAAUUACGGGUUGUUUUACAAUCGGAAUGGUUCACCUCCUUGGAGACCUGAUGAUAAAGAUGGACAUUAUGUUUUUGCUAUUGGAGACAAUUUGACUCCGCGCUACAGGAUUCUUAGCAAGAUGGGCGAAGGGACUUUUGGGCAAGUCUUGGAAUGUUUUGAUAAUGAAAAGAAAGAAUUAGUGGCAAUCAAAAUUGUCCGCUCCAUACACAAGUAUCGCGAAGCUGCCAUGACUGAAAUUGAUGUAUUGCAGAGGCUGGCCAGGCAUGAUAUUGGUAGCACACGUUGUGUACAAAUACGGAAUUGGUUUGACUAUCGUAAUCAUAUUUGUAUUGUAUUUGAGAAGCUUGGACCAAGCUUAUACGAUUUUCUCCGCAAAAACAGCUAUCGUUCAUUUCCCAUUGAUCUUGUCCGGGAGCUUGGCAGACAACUUUUGGAGUCUGUUGCAUUUAUGCAUGAUUUACAUCUGAUUCAUACCGACUUGAAGCCUGAAAAUAUUCUACUGGUUUCCUCUGAGUACAUCAAAGUGCCAGAUUAUAAGUUUCUUUCGCGGUCCACAAAAGAUGGUUCCUACUUCAAGAAUCUUCCCAAGUCAAGUGCUAUUAAGCUCAUUGAUUUUGGAAGUACCACAUUUGAACAUCAGGAUCACAGUUAUGUGGUGUCAACACGGCAUUAUCGUGCACCGGAGGUUAUUUUAGGUCUUGGAUGGAACUAUCCCUGUGAUAUAUGGAGUGUGGGUUGCAUACUUGUUGAAUUAUGUUCUGGUGAGGCCCUUUUUCAAACUCAUGAGAACUUGGAGCAUCUUGCCAUGAUGGAGAGGGUUUUAGGGCCAUUGCCACAACAUAUGGUGGUCAGGGCUGAUCGACGUGCUGAGAAAUAUUUCAGGAGAGGCAUGCGAUUGGAUUGGCCUGAGGGUGCAACCUCAAGAGAAAGCAUGAAAGCAGUAAUGAAGUUGCCUCGUUUGCCUAACCUAAUAAUGCAGCACGUGGAUCAUUCUGCUGGUGAAUUAAUUGAUCUCUUGCAAGGUCUCCUAAGACAUGAUCCAGCAGAGCGGCUCAAAGCCAGGGAAGCUUUAAGGCACCCAUUCUUCUCAAGAGAUCUUAGAAGAUAUGGCUAUCCCUUGUAGUCUGGAUUCAUCACUGUGAUGAGCUUUGAACAACAGUAUAAACAAAGAGAACAUGCACGGUUGGUGUUGGCUGAUGUCAGGUUGAUUCAUCACUGUUAUUUGAUUUCAGGUUGAUUGUACCAUUGUUCGGUAUAGUACAAGUGUAUUUCCUUCCCUCCAGUGCCCAUUUGCCUUUUAUUUUUUGGGUUUCUGAUCCAAAUUGUUCGGUAUAGUAUAGAUUAUGUUUUGUGAAGAUGAAGGAAAAAAUCAAUAUUUUUUGUUGCA